AUGUUGGGCGACGAUCAGAGUGAUCAUCUCGAACAGCACCUCGCGCUCAUGUUUGUCGAUUGGCGCUUAGACGUUGGCGAUGCCAAAGUCGCCGUCGUGAUUUUCAGCCGUGCUGCUAUCCAGUGCUCCGUCCAGAGCUCAUCAGUUCACGGCAUUAACACGGUGACGGUAGAGCACGGACUAGGGGAAUGA